AAAUGCCAUUUGUACGAGUCGGUUACUCUGUUCCCAGAUGACCGCCCUCAUUUCUGCACAAUCUCUAGAGAGAGUGAGAGAGAGAAGCUGAUCUAUGUAUGACAACGAUUGAGUCAUCGUCCGCGGUGGAAUCGAGCAUGGAGGACACUUCGCAAACCCUAACAAACCCUCAAUUUUCGAACAACACUAACAGGAACGGCCACGGCCGCCGAAUCGGAGGCGGAGGAGAUGACGACGUCGUCGGCGGGGAUGAUGAAGAAUUCAGAGGCGAAGAGUGUGAUAACGAGGCUUGGGACAGACUGAGCAGGAGCUUUCGGCAAGUCCAGUCGGUGUUGGAUCGGAACCGAGCUUUGAUUCAACAGGUUAACGAGAAUCACCAGUCGAAGAUGCCUGACAAUCUCGUCAAGAACGUUGCCCUAAUUCGAGAGAUCAACGGUAAUAUAUCCAAAGUCAUGUCUCUCUACUCCGAUCUCUCCGUUGAUUUCUCCAACAUCGUUCAGCAGCGACGCGCGAUCAACAAUGACGACCACGUGGAGAAGAGUGCAGGCUCUUGAACUCAUCAUCAUCAUCACCGAUCAAUUGAUUUCAGUAAUUUUCAAUCACCUUUGCUCUGUUUUACACUUCUGUUCUGUGUAUGUAGGUUAAGGCUGGUCUGUGUUUGGAUUUGUCUUUGGUUAGUCUGUUCUAUUUGGAAUAUGGCAUGUGUUUGGUUGAAUUCGGGUUUUUGUGCAUGGAUUAUUGGCUUUUUAAAGUUAUAGUUGGGUCGAUGGCGGUGGCAUUGAUAAA